CCCACCGUUCUUUUCACAGCAAAACGCAUCGAUUGUGGUACGAUCGCACGCAUUUUAUCAAACCAUGGGUACAGCAUUAUCUCCGGUGCACACUUCGGUGCACGAUGAUACCCAACCUCAUGCUAGCAAAUCCAGCAGCUCGUUGCGGUCGUCGUCGGAAAGCAACGAUUCUCUGUUUCACGAUGAUCUGGAUUCUUUGCCAUCAGAAACAUUAUUAAGAGGCGAUCAUAAAUCGCAAAGUCAACGGCUACUGAACGAACAUAAAAAAGCCAUACUAAAGACCUCAGCUAUUAAUGUAUUCUGGAUCCUAAUGUGGUAUACGUUUGCCACAUUCUUGUCGGUGUAUAACAAGUGGAUCUUUUCCAUCGAUUAUUACGGUUUUCAGUUCCCUCUGUUUGUCACCACCAUUCACAUGGUGGUGCAGUUCUUUUUCGCUGGCACAUCCCUUGUCAUUGCUCCUAAGCUACGGCCGACAAAGCGGCCCACUGUCACUGAAUACAUUUACAAGGUGUUACCAUGCGCACUAGCAACCAGUCUCGAUAUUGGGUUGUCCAAUCUUUCACUAAAAACCAUUACACUUUCAUUCUAUACCAUGUGCAAAUCCUCAACGCUGGCCUUCGUUUUGAUAUUUGCCUUUUUAUUUAAACUGGAGAAACCCAACUGGAAACUGAUACUGAUUAUCGUCAUUAUAUCUGCUGGUGUCCUCCUCAUGGUUUCCAGCGAAACUGAAUUUGUGAUGAUCGGAUUUCUUGAAGUCAUGGCCGCUUCAGCUUGCGGUGGUCUUCGAUGGAGUCUGACAGAAGUGUUACUGCGCAAAGAAAGCAUGGGGCUUACCAAUCCAUUUGUAUCCAUCUUUUUCCUUGCACCUGCGCAAGCGUUGAUUCUCUUCAUUCUCGCAGGAGCUGUUGAGGGAUAUGGCACUAUUUUCAGAAGCGCGUUCUUUGUAUCUUUUCCCGAAGGUGUACAUACGAUAUUUAUUAUUUUGGCGGGUGGUACGCUUGCUUUCUGUAUGAUUAUGUCCGAGUUCUUCUUGAUCAAGCGAACUUCUGUCGUAACGCUGAGUGUGUGCGGCAUUUUCAAGGAAGUUGCCACUAUUCUAGUUUCAUGUGUUAUCUUUGGUGAUCGAUUGACUAUACCCAACAUCAUUGGCUUAUGCAUCACUCUUUUCGGUAUUGGUUUGUAUAAUUGGCUCAAGAUGCGCAAUUUGUCAGUCAAUACACAGAAAACCAUGGAAGCCGAGGACGAUCUGCGGUUGGAAGAGGAGCCUUUUCAAGAAGAACAUAACCCACAUCAUUCCUCUCAUUUAUACAGCAUGGUUGCAGAAAGCACGCCUAUUCUUUUGGUGGAUGGCGCAUUGUCUACCUAUCGUAACAGUGAAGAGCAUGAAGAUCAGUACGAAUUACGGUAGCGGAGUGUCAAUUCGAGUCCUCCACGAUGGCUUUUUCUCUUUUUUUUUUUCUUUUAUCCAUUGCUUU